AAUAUCCACUGGGUGGGAAGGGAAAUUUCUCACACACAGGCCUGCUGAGAAGAGCACACGGUGCUGCAAGGAAAAUUCAGAGGAGAGAAUCUCGGGAGGAAAGUGGCCAUGGACCUGAUCCCAAGCUUUUCCACAGAAACCUGGGUUCUCCUGGCUACCAGCCUGGUGCUCAUCUAUCUAUAUGGGACCCAUACACAUGGAAUUUUUAAGAAGCUGGGAAUUCCUGGGCCGACACCCCUCCCGUUUGUGGGAACCGUUCUGGGCUAUCGUAGGGGUUUUGUGGAAUUUGACCAGGAAUGUUUUAAAAAGUAUGGAAGAAUGUGGGGGUUCUAUGAUGGCCGACAGCCUGUGUUGGCUAUCACUGACCCAGACCUGAUCAAAGCAGUCCUUGUGAAGGAAUGCAACUCUGUCUUCACAAACCGGCGGGCUCUUGGUCCAGUGGGAUUUAUGAAAAGUGCCAUCUCUUUGGCUAAGGAUGAAAACUGGAAGAGAAUACGAGCAUUGCUGUCUCCAACCUUCACUAGUGGAAAGCUCAAGGAGAUGUUCCCCAUCAUUAACCAGUAUGGAGAUAUGAUGGUGAGGAAUCUGAGGAAGGAAGCAGAGAAAGGCAAACCCAUCAACUUGAAAAACAUCUUUGGGGCCUACAGCAUGGAUGUGAUUACUAGCACAUCAUUUGGAGUGAACAUCGAUUCCCUCAACAACCCACAAGAUCCUUUCGUGGAAAAAACCCAGAAGCUCUUAAGAUUUAAUUUCCUUGAUCCAUUCUUUCUCUCCAUAUUGCUCUUUCCAUUCCUUACCCCAAUUUUUGAACUAUUAAAUAUCCAUCUGUUUCCAAAAAGUGUUACUGAUUUUUUCAUAAAAACUGUAAAAAGAAUGAAAGAAAGUCGCCUCCAAGAUAAACAAAAGCACCGAGUGGAUUUUCUUCAGCUGAUGAUUAACUCCCAGAAUUCCAAAGAAACAGGCUCCCAUAAAGCUUUGUCUGAUCUGGAGCUUGUGGCCCAAUCUAUUAUCUUUAUUUUUGCUGGCUAUGAGACCACUAGCACUUCUCUCUCCUUCCUUAUGUAUUUAUUGGCCACUCACCCUGAUGUGCAGCAGAAACUGCAGGAGGAGAUUGAUGCCACAUUUCCCAAUAAGGCACCUCCCACUUACGAUGCCCUGUUCCAGAUGGAGUAUCUUGACAUGGUGUUGAAUGAAUCUCUCAGAUUAUUCCCAAUUGCUGGUAGACUUGAGAGGCUCUGUAAGAAGGAUGUGGAAAUCAAUGGAGUGUUCAUUCCCAAAAGGACAGUGGUGAUGGUGCCAAGCUUUAUUCUUCACCGAGACCCAGAGUACUGGUCAGAGCCUGAGGAGUUCCAACCUGAAAGGUUCAGUAAGUCGAACAAGGACAGCAUAAAUCCCUACAUAUAUGUGCCCUUCGGAAAUGGACCCCGAAACUGCAUUGGCAUGAGGUUUGCUCUAAUGAACAUGAAGCUUGCUGUCAUCAAAGUUCUGCAGAACUUCUCCUUCAAGCCUUGCAAAGAAACACAGAUUCCUGUGGAAUUAGAUUCUCAAGGAAUUAUUAAACCACAAAAACCCAUUGUUCUAACGGCUGAGUUGAGAAAUAAGACUGUAAGUGGAGCGUGACCUUCCCUAAGGACUUACACCUUGUUCUUCAAGGGAGCUGCAUGCCUGACACUGGAGAUCUCGAUGUACUUUGUGAAUAAAACCCAGAAAUGAAAAUAGGUUUAACCUACAGCACUUGAUGAAGAACUAGUGAUUCUGUACAUUCAUUUAGUUUUUCCAGAGUCUAUACAGAGUAUUAUAUAUUAUGUAAUAUGAGGGAGGUGACUAAAUAAGAGCCAGAUACGGAGGCAUUCAUCCACCCCAACUUAGUACCAUCCCCUCUUCCUUAGCGCUAAUCAAGAAUACAAAUUUUUCACAAUUUUAUCACCAAACUUUAAUAAAAACAAGAAUUAAUUAUAGUAAACAGCAGUAGUGACAUUUUAUCAUGUUUUAUUUUGAAAUUCUAUGUUGUAUAUUAUUUAGCAAUUCAAUAAAUACCUCUUCACAAUAGUAUUCUCUAAUGCUUUCCUGCAAACUAAGAGGUGGGGGUGGAAUCUAUAGGACCAAAUCAGUGGGAGCCUGUGACUAAUUGUUUUUGAUAACUCUGAUUUGUAUAUUAAGAUAGAUGAGAGUUAAUCCACUGUGAUUCUCCCAUUGUUUAGAAAGUACAUUCAGAAUUUGAUUCUACCCUUUUUGGAACACAUGUUUUUUGUAACACUCAGUUGAAGCACUUAUUAUAUUACUAGUUUUAAUUUAAUGUUUCAUCUCAUCUCACCUGAUGAUUCUGAAAAACAGGAAACAUGUUUUCUUAUAUUCUUUGUAUUUCACCCUCAACUCUCAACUGUCUUAACACAAUAAACAUGGAAUAAAAGACAGUUGAUUUAGUCAAUGAUUGGGCAGAAAGGCUACAGAUAUUCAUCAGUUUCAGAAGUACACAGGGUUCUUCCUUCUCUUUCUCUGCUCCUCUCUCCCCCUUUAGAAUCCCCUCUCUUCUCUUACUUUCUUUUCCCUUCUGUUCCCUUCCUUUGUAUCUCCUUCCCUGCCCUUCCCUUUCUGAAUAAUUCAGUUCUAAAACCAAUAGGUGGUGCACAGCAUUAUGGGUAGACACACAUUGUAGGGGCAGAGAAGGGAGUCACAGUGGCUACAGCCUGGAGACUAAGUAGGGUGGGAGGGUAUCCACAUGAAGCAGUAGCCUGGUAUGAGUGUGGGAGCCCAAAUGAGAAAUGUGUCCAUGCACAGAUGAACACAUUGCACCAGGGGUAUCCAGGCAAAAGCAGCCAUAGCCUAAAGACUGUGUAGAGAACUCAAGUAGGGUGAGGAGGGCAUCCAUUAAUGGAAAGAGAUGGAGUGAAGAUUGGCUACAUAAAAGAGACCUGAUCAAAGAAGUAAACAUAUUAAAGAUAAUGAAAACCAGAUUUCUGACUUUUAGAGAAGGAAGUCACUGAUUCUCAUCAUUAGAAGAAGGGAAAAACAGAAUUAACCAUAUGGACUCAGAGAUUAGAACUGAAUAUAACUUUGUUUUUCUAUACAGAUAGAUGAUAAAUAUAUUAAUAAAUAGUAAUACAUAGAGAUAGAUAGAUAUAGAUACUUACAUGUAUGUUGUAUAUAAAAUCACACACUCUCUACUUCUUUCCACUGAUAGAGCUUUAAAACUUUAUAGCAAUGAGUAUACUUCAUGCCCAGAUCUUGGUUUAUAAAUUUUCCACCUAAAGGGACCCAAGCUACUUAGAAAUGGCUGAUUUGAGGGCCAGUUUUGAGAAAGUACAAUAUGAGCCUGGAAACCCUUUCCCCCUUUUCUUCCAUUAUCCCCUUCCACCUCCCCUCUGGUUACUGUCAGAUUUUUCUUAAUUUUAAUAUCUCUGGUUAUAUUUGAAACUACUGGGUCAAAGAACAAAUAAUAUAAGAAAUCAAAAGACUAUAGAUAGAAAAAAGAACAAAAUUAAAAAUAAAUAAUUAUAAUGAUUGACAAAAAAGAUUAUAAUAAGUAAGUAAGUAAGUAAGAUUAUAAUAAGUAAGUAAAGGAGAUAAAAUGAAUUUUUUAAAAGUCUCAAUAAAAUUAGAGAAUGCAAAAAAAGAAAAAAGAAACAACAAAUGAAAGUAAUAGGAAACAGCUAGCAAGAUAGUAUAUUUUAAUACAACUAUACAAACAAUAAAUUUAAAGGUGAAUGAUUUAAGAAUAACAGUUAAAAAUUGAGAGGCUGGGUUGGGAAAAAAAAGUAAGACCCAACUACAUGAGACUGAGAUUGUAUUGGUCAGGAUCCUCCAGAGAUACAGAAGCAAUAGGAGGGGUCAUUGGUCAUUGCCUCACAUAAUCACUGAGGCUAAGUUCCACAAUUUUCUGUCUGCAUGCUGGCGAGCCAGGAAAGAUGGUGGUAUAAUUCAGUUUGAGUCAAAGUCCAUGGGGACAAAUGGUGUAAAUGUCAGUCCAAGUCUGAAGGCUGAGAAUGAAGAGCACCAAUGUCCAAUGGCAGGAGAAGACAGAUGUCCCAGCUCAAGUAGAGAACAAAUAUUCCAUCCCUCUCUGAUUUUGUUCUAUUCGGGUUCUCAAAUGAUUGGAUGAUAGCUACCCACACUGAAGAGAGCAAUCUUCUUUAGUCUAUUGAUUCAAAUGUUAAUCUCUUCUGGAAACACCUCACAGAUAAAUCUAGAAAUAGGAUUUUACAGCUAUCUGGACAUCCAUUAUCCCACUCAGGUUGACACUCAAAACUAACCAUUACAGAGAUCUACAAGAAACCCACUUUAAUAUUAUAAUAGUAGACUUCUAGUUUCAGCUCCAACAUGUAAAGAAUUUAGAGGUCAUAACUCAUACCUCUAAAAAAAGAUAUGAGAAAGCUGAAAAUCAAGGAUUUUCUCAGGCCCAUCAGAGAACUGACAUUGCAUGGCAAAUUGCCACCCCAAAAUCUAGAUAGAUACAGAGUUGAAGCUCAGAUCUGCUUCCCUGAAGCAAAACUCAUCAGAGCCAUAAACUUGUAGAAAUACUUAAAUGGUAGAUUUGAUGAAUUGCUGGGGGUUGAGUGUGGGAUAGCUUGAGUGAGAAACUUGUUAGAGCUGCAAUAUUGGAGACGGGGUUACAUAUUCAUAGGUUUUACCUCCAGGAACCCCACCAAAUUCUCAGAACAAAAGUUGAAUGAGAUACCCUGUGGCUCUCUGGCAGGGGGGAGAGGAAUAGAAAUCAUUGGAAACAGUGCCAGAGUGUUUUCCAUAACAAAAGCCUAGUCUCCACGGAAAAAAGACUUUAACAGAACCCUAUCCAGGAUCACACAGUGUGGGUGGCUUACAACACCAAGGCAUGUACCCGCCAAAUUUGGGGGCUGUGCAGCACAAGUCUAGGCUGAAAUCAGAGAUGUUCAAUAUCACCAGGAGAAAGUGUAGGAUAAAUUAGUCACUGCCAAACUACCUCCUGGGAAGUGUUACUUGUUGUUCCUAGAGCUGAAGUUUCUGUGGUAAAAUAAGCUUGAGAAAAACUGCGUAAUAAAUACCAGUCCUAAUGAGUCAGAUAAUACAUUAACAUAGUAAAGAUUCAGAGAAAUCCCUAAGUAAAAUUGAAAAUUAUUACAAGUUUAUUCUCAAUCCUGUUUGUGCAUCAGAAGGGCUUAUUUAAUUUUUAGUAAAUACAACACAUGGAUCCCAUCCCACACCUGAGGAUAUGAGAAAGGCCAAUAUCAAGACUCAAAAAAAAAAGGACAAAAAG